AUGCUCCUCUUCACCUUCAACCGGCCAGAGAGUCGUGAAGUUCGCUUGGCCGGGCAGGAUGUGCAUGUGCAGCACAACUACCUGACCCACGAGGCAGAUGCCGCGAUGUAUGUUGCCACCUGCAAGGAGGGCAUCAAGUUCCUAGACCAGCCGUCGAUGAAAGCUUUGGGUGACCUCGAAGUGCUGAUCCCGAAAGCCUUGUCGGAUCGCUUCGGCACAGACCUUCAGAGUGAUGCGCUUUGGGAGGCCUGGAUUCGCUCCUAUGCGCAGACGAUCUAUCAUCCUGUGGCAACCUGUGCACUCAACACAGUCGUGGACCAGGAGUGCCGUGUAUUUCAGGUGGAUGGGCUGCGGGUGGCGGAUGCAAGCAUCAUGCCAGAUGCCCUGUCCGGCAACACCCAGGCCGCCUGCAUUAUGAUCGGCGAGAAGGCAGCCGACAUGAUUGCUCGGCAGUAUGGAUUGCAUAUUAGUUAA